UUAACAAAAUAACUGUUGCGACUUAUGCCUCGUGUCAUUAUAAAGGUAAGUAAAGUAAAAAUGAAAAAAAUUUACUCUUGAAAAAUUUACAACAUUACCUAAGCGAAUAAUUGCGUGCAACGUUCUGUCUCUCUGACAGUUUUCUUAUAUAAAAAUUGUGUGCAUACAGUUGGCUACAGCUAUAAUAACAAUAGCGAAGACAAAGCGUUACAAUCAAGUCUCGCAAAUACUCUGCGCUCACCGAAUAAAAUGUCUCGUCACGCGGACGAAUCAAUAUUACAUAACAAAUAUUGUGCAAAUAUUUAUACAGUUGAAAAUGUACCGAUUGUACCUGUUGAUAUUUUCGUUGAAGCUUAAUCGAGGCAUUACGUCGCAAAAGCAAAGUAAUCAUAUAAUCUUGUUUAAUCGAAAAAUCAUGAGUCAUUGAUAUUUCGUAUAUUUCGUACAUUUGCGAUUUGCUUAGAAUAAAAAUAAUUAGACGAAAUGAAGUGGCUCUUUGAUAUAAAAUCUCGAUAGGAUAAGGGCCAAUAAAAGCCAGGCCAUCGGUUACGUAAAUAUUGAAAUGGUUUCUUGUAAUCGUUAUCUUCACGAUUGUUAUCGAAAUAAUCAUUACCGGUCCAUCAAGGAAUUGUAUAUAUAAAUGCGCAAUUAAUACCAUUUGUCAGUUAACCGAUAUUUAGUGUAAACUUGAGCGACCUGAUAUCAACAAAGAAGCAUGAAGAGCAUCGUAGCAUUGUGCCUCUUGGCUGUACUUUGUACCGUCAAUGCCAUUCCAGUAUCAGACGACUUAGAAUAUCUAAGGCGUCAAGUGAGAGAGACAAUAUAUACCAUCGACAAUGAUAUACUUCGACUUGAGCGUCUCCGUCUUCACACCGAGGAAGACACCGAUCGAAAAGUCAACGAUAGAUUAAAUGAAGAACAGGAUAACUACAGAGAGUUGAAGGAUACAUUAUUAAAAGAUUUAAAAACUAAAGUGAAUGACGCUAAAGAUAGCGGCAAGGAAGUAACCAAGGUAGAUAAUUGCUAUAAAGACGCUGUUGAGGGCAUCGGUGAAUACGAGAACCAAGCGGAAGAAGCGGCUGUCAAAUGCGUAGAAAAUUCUGAAACCUCUAUUAGGAGCAGUAUUGGCUCUGUUGUCGAUAAUCUUAUCGAGACCGGACGCAUUACGAUAUCAGAAUUGGAUGACAUUUUCUUGGACUGCCAUGACAUUGACAUUAUCAAAAAGAAGAGCUGCAUUGUCGAAAAGCUGGGCACAAUAAAUGUCCAAGUGAGGAAUUUUGAAGAAGAUAUCAUUAAGGCUGAAAUCCACGCUGUGCCCUUAUCGAACAAUGUCAUUAGGCAAUCCGGCAAUUGCUUCAAAAACGCUUACUCAUCCAUAUACUCGGCAAUCACUACGAUCAAACUUGGAGUGCAGAAGUGCAUCAAGGACGUGGAAUCGAAGCUUUAAAAUACUAAUGUAUUUAUUAAUUAUGAAUACACUUUAUCAAAAGAAUCCAAUGUGUGCAAAGACAAUAUGAGUUAGAAGAAGAAGCGAUUAAGCAUAUUCUCUACACUAGCAUAGUUCGUGCACAAAACACUAGCAUAGUUCGUGAUAUGCAUCCCCAAGUCGGGGCUUUAUACAUGUACCUCAAAAGAGAUCUUUCUCGAAUAUGUAAUGAACAAAUGAAAUAAACCUAAUAAAUCUC